AUGAUUUCCUCGGAACCCAUCGUCGAGCCAGUCACGAAUGGGCACUCGAGUCAAAAAGCCGGGUCUGCUAGAGACCUCUUCUCCCUCGACCACAGAACUAUCAUCGUGACGGGUGCGACGGGCGGUAUGGGCAUCGUGGUGGUCAAGGCGAUAUUGGAAUCCGGGGCCGAUGUGAUUGCCGUUGACCGCGAGGCGGAGCCCAAGUCUUUCAGCGGAGGUAGACAUGCCUGUAACCUGCCCGUGCCAAACGCGUGUGUUACUAACCUUUUCGAACCUUCGUUAGAAGACCUACAAAGCACCGCAGAAAAAAGCGGAACGAUCGCGUCCUACUACCAAUGUGACAUCUCCGACCUCGAAUCCACGUACGCCGUCUUCGAACACGCGGUCUCGUCCGCCCGAUACCCCCUGCGCGGCCUGGUCAACUGCGCGGCAAUCGGCUGGGUCGGCCCCUCGAUCAGCUUCCCCGUCGCGGACGCCAAGCGUAUCAUCGAGGUCAACCUGGUCGGGACGCUGGUGUGUGCGCAGGCCGCGGCGCGGUUGGUCAAGAAACACGGCUUUGCGGCCAGUUUUGUCUUUAUCGCGAGCAUGAGUGGAUACGUGGUCAAUAAGGGCACACCCAACGCCGCCUACGCGGCCUCCAAAGCCGGCGUGCACCAGCUCACGCGCAACCUGGCGUCGGAAUGGGGUUCCCCGAACGACACAGACGGGGCCUCGCCUUCGCCCUCGAUCCGAGUCAACUCGGUCAGCCCGGGCGUCAUCCGCACUCCGAUGACCGCGGGCGUCCUCUCGAACAGCCACUUUGAGCACAUGUGGACCGAAGAAACCAUGCUGAAGCGCCUGUCCGUGCCGGACGAUUACAUCGGGCCGAUCGUCUUCCUGCUCUCGGACGCCAGCUCGUAUGUGACGGGGUCGGAUUUGUUGGUCGAUGGAGGGUAUACGCGGUGGUAA